CAUUCUUGUCAUUUCAGCCCUUGACUCUUCUCUAUCUACGGUAGCACCUCUCUCCUUCCUCUCUCGAUUUGCAGUUACUGCCUUCUCUAAUGGCGGUGACCAUUUUCGAAGCAUGCAGAAAGAGGGAAAGGACUGCGCAAAUAUUCAAUACUCGCAACUUCGCCACUCCAGGAUCCUUCGUGGACUUUCACGGUUCCUUUCGGGAUAAUAUCAGACUAUUUCUUCAGAAUUGCGGACAAAUUGAAGGUUACCUUGUUGCAGGGAAUACCGUAUGGUGCAAUUUGUUUGUAAACAAUUCAAACGGCGUCGUUUUCCCUCUAUACGUGGUCGAGGAGGAUGUGAAAUCCUCGUCGCAGCCUCUUUGUGAUAUUUGCAGAAUCGUGGGAUGGGCUCAUCAUUAUGUAUCCAAACGAAGAUAUCACUUCAUAAUCCCAGAAGAUGAUGAAUGGAACAAGCCUCUGAGGCCAAAAUCUUUUGAGCUCUCCUCUCAUCUCCUUCAUGGUCUGAUUCACUGCAAUGGGUUUGGCCAUCUUGUCUGCAUCAAUGGAAUUGAAUCUGGAUCCAAGUUCCUCUCUGGAGAACAAAUAAUGGAUAUUUGGGAUGGUCUUUGCACAAUCCUCCAAACUCGAAAAAUUUCAGUUCAUGACGAGUCUGAAAAGAGGUCAAUGGAGCUAAGGUUGCUUCAUGGGAUUGCAUACGGGCUGUCCUGGUUUGGAAAAUGGGGUUACAAAUUCUCUCAUGGAUGCUUCGGAGUAACAGAGCAGAAGUAUGAUAGGGCAAUCCAAAUUCUUGCUUCUUUAGAGCUCCAGAAAAUCAUACAUGAUUUUACUAAUAGAAAACAAGGCAAAGCAAUCCAACAAAUAAUUCACUGCUACAGAGAAGCAAGUGAGACCCACUUGGCCACUAUCUCUGAUUUGCUCCAAUUCAUGCUUGUUUUCAAAUCCAAAGCCCUCAUUGAAAGAAAAACCGCCAUGGCAUUGGCUGCUAUUGUUUCAUCUUCGUCAGCCAAAACUAGCGACCAACAUGAACCUGCAGUGAUCGGACAGAAGAACCCAGUGGAUGGGGGCUCGUUUUCCUAUCCUAUAAUUACAGGAGAAAGAGAUUCUGCACAGUCCACAAUGAGCCUGCAAAAAAAAGCAGCUCAUCAACACAGGACAGCUACCCAUGAAAGACUAGUUGAGGAUAGAUCAUUUGGUUUCAUCUGUGAGAAACUUGAUUCUAGAUGGCCAGCAAGGAGAUUAGAGGAGGUAGCAAAACUGGUUGCCAAAACAUUGGAAGAACACAAAGAAAGCAGAGGCAGAGGGGCUAGCAUGGCCCGCCAAGACUUGCGUAAUGCGGUCAGAAAGUAUAUUGGUGACACGGGGCUUAUUGAUUAUUCGCUCAAACAUAUAGAAAAAAUCAUGUUUGGUGGUCAAGUGGUUCGUAGAUUCGUAAACCCAAUAACCAGGAUGCUAGAAUUCUCUCUAGCAGAUGCUGCUAAAAAGAAAAAAACAGAGAGGAAAACAGAAUCGGAUACGAUUGACUCCUUUGAUCAGGAACCAGGAGUCAAUGUUAAUAAUGAUCUCUUAUAUUUAUACAGGAAUGUCCUGCAGGAUUAUCCCAGCUCUGACUUACUGAGUGGAGCAAGUAUGGUUGUUUUAGAUAGCAAACAUUUUGUGAAGGAGUGGCAUCUGGGCAAUGAAGAGCAGCAGGAUUUGAGGAUACUCUGCCGUGUGAUGCCGAGUUUUGAGGAGUUGGCUACCCAGUUGACUCGGUCAUUACCACCGGCUGAGCAAGUGGUGAUCCCUCGAGAUGCGAGUGACAGUGAGCUGCAAUUGGUGGUGCAAUGUGCACUAAGGGACACUUACUGCAUAAUGGAGAGUUUUCGAGUGACAAAUAUCAAUGAAGCAGGGAGUAGAGGAAAGCGGGAGGUUGUGGUGAGAGGAUGUGGGCUGGACCUGCGUACAGAACUGAGAUACGAGGGUGGGGUCGAUAAUUGGACAGUUGAUUGUAAAUGUGGGGCCAGGGAUGAUGAUGGGGAGCGGAUGGUGAGUUGUGAUGCUUGCAGAGUUUGGCAGCACACAAAGUGCAACAGCAUUGAAGAUGAUGAGGCUGCACCUUCUGUUUUUCUAUGUAGUUUGUGUAGCAGUAGCGCUGGCACUGUCACCGAAUCCCAAUAUAGAUUUCUUCAUUCUCAUCUUCCCCACCAUUAGACUAUCUCCUUUAUUAUUCCAUCUUUCACAGAAGAUUAAAAUUAAAAAUCCUCAUAACUCUCGGUUCCCCCCCUUCCCCAAAAUGAAAAUUCACAUCACCAUCAUGUUUAAAUGAAUUAUUGAAGUACAUAGCAAAAGAGAUCGUGGUGAAGAUUGACUUGGUUGCGACAAAUCAAAGUGAUAGGAAACUGGGCUUGCAGAUAGAGAAAAAGCAGGCAUGCCAACUUGGAGGAGCUUCAUCUCUGCAAAACCACAACACUAAACCACAAAAUCCCCUUCAUCAAAUCCAAGCUCAUCAGCCUCCAUUUAUCCAUGUUCCAGAUUUCUCUGAGUCUCAUUGCAAUAUAAAGAUAUGCUGAAGAGGUAAUUUGGGUAGCCCUUUCUUUUUCCUUUUUGUUGCACUUUCUUGUUUAGUUUUGGUGCUUUUGGUUGUAAUUUUUAUGCUAUUAUAUGAAGGUGUUUAUAUGUUAUAGGGUGUCUUAGGAAUGUGGGAUUUUAGAUUCUAGUGGAUAAGCUUCCCUGUCGUAAAUCUAUACUGACCAUAUUGCAUAUGUGAUAAUUUUUAGAUUGAUGAAAAUGGUAUUACUAAUAUGACAAGUUGACAUUCCUAAUGCUAUUGUUACCAUGAGUGAAAUAUCCUUUCGAUGUUUAGAAGUCAAGACACAAAUAUUUAUCACUUCAUUCUUCGCACAAGCCUGAAAUUGAAAAAAAUACACGAAGGCUGUUCAAGAUUGGAGAUUUAUUAUAUACAACAUUUUCUUAUAAUAUGAUGAAUGCCCUCAAUUGAUACUUGAUUCUAUUUAGUUUUAUGAUUUUAUUUUAAAUCCACACUUAAGAAUUGGUACUUGAUUUUCUUCCCUUUUGAUACUGUAUUUUUUGCUUGAAACCAUGAAAUGUGAAAUGAAAUAUACAUUCUGUUUUUCAAAUUAAAAAUUUGCAAUGCAAAUAAAUAAAAUUUCAGAGUUCAAUGGAAAUAUUUAGAGAAUGUUAUUCUUUAACGAAAACUUAAAAAUAAAAAUUUCACAAAAGAAAGAAAAGAAAACUUUGGGUUCAUGCAUGCCUGCAACUCGUCAUUCGAGCUUCAGGAGAAGACUUGACCUUCUCCACAAGAAAGAACAGAAAAGCUCCGGAAAGGAGAGAAGGAAACUGAGGAGACGACCAGAAAAGUGAAAGAAAGAAAAAAAAAAAAGAAAUUAGGAAAACGAAAGAGAAACAAAAGGCAAAGAAACAGAGAAUUCAAGCGGAAGGCAAGGGAUCCAGAAAAGGGACGACAGAGGCGUAGUGAUGGCAAGCAUAGGGAUCUUAAUCGAGCUCCUUUAGGUAAAAUCAAAAGCCUAAACUGCUAUUUUCUUAGUUGAUUUGUUGUCUCUUCUGAAAUAAGGAUGCCAUGAAAAUGUAAAUCAAAGUUUAGCGUUACUGCUUUGCUUAUAUUUUAUGUAUGAUUAACUGUUAAUGUUGUCUCAUUGAAUAUACGAGAUGGAUUGAGGAUUUAUUAA